UUCAUUUAAGGUAUAAAUCUUAAAUAUAACCUGGUCACACUAUGCACCAAAAAUUAAUUAAGACUUAAAAAAUAAAAGGAAAACAAAGCCCCCCUUUGGAAGAUAACUCCCCCAGCAAGUUUUCCCACAAACCAAAAGAACAAUGGUGUGCGUACCCUGUUUUAUCAUUCCACUGCUGCUCUAUAUUUGGCACAAAUUCGUUCAACCGAUUUUGCUGCGCUACUGGAAUCCCUGGCAGAAAAAGGAUGCCGAGGGCAAUGUGAUCAAGAAGGGUCCCGAAUUCCCCUUCGAGUGCAAGGGCGGCGUAUGCCCCUUCGUUCCGGGGGCCAAGAAAUCCCCCGCUGACGGUGAUGAAAAUUCCAAGGAUUCCGAAAAUCCUCACACAACGAGUACAACAACGUUACCGGAAACGGAAGAAACUAAAAAGGAAAUCUAGUCGACAUUUUCCAAAAACUAUAUUCUAAUCUGUAGUCCUUUUUUUUUUGUUUGCUUGUCUGUAAGAUAAGAAAAACGCACACUCCACACAACUAAAAUGUAACGUCAUCAUGCGAUGUGCGGUGGGCGGCGGUCGGUUAGGGGGUGUGGCCUUAAGGGAGCAACAAGAUCCCUUGACAACAAAUUAACUUAAAUUAAAUGUACACCUUUGACCACACGAAAAA